CUGGUGGUCCGAGCAUGCGGUGAGAGGUGCUUGCGUUUAAACUCAUUUUGUAACUAAUGAUGGCUGCAUCAUUGGUCAGGCUUUUCUCAAAGGAAAUAUUGAAAUAUACCAUAACAAUAUGAAGAAAUACUAUUGAAUAAAUUCAUUUAGUUACAUUUAUUUCUGUAUAUGUAUUUAAAGGCGUAUUGCCUGAUUAUUACGUUCACCGGAAGUUUGCUCUUAUUGCGAAAAGAAAAUUCCGGGCUGGCUUGACUGUCUUUUUCGAAGUGGAGACUGGUUUGACCGCAGUCACAAACGGCACCUGAAGGCAGCAUUAAACCUCUGGUGGUCUACGCACGCCGUGACGUAUGCACGCAUGUAAACAUUUUGUAACUAAUGAUGGCGGCAUCAUUGCUCAGGAUUUUCACAAAGUCGUGUAGAAAUAUCUCUCGACCAUGGGGUGCAUGCCCGGCUGGAUGGAGGAGCAGGUCAUCCAAUCCUGCCCCAGAGGUGUCCUCAGACCAAGCAGUUGGUAUGGUCUCCUUUCCUCCACUGCAGACAUAUUCAGAGGAGGAGAGCAUGAUGAGGGAAGCAGUAAAAAAAUGUGCCCAAGAGCGCAUUGCUCCGUUUGUGUCAAAGAUGGAUGAGAACUCUGCCAUGGACGAGGAAGUGAUCAAAACUCUUUUUGAACAGGGUCUCAUGGGCAUUGAGAUUGACCCGGAGUACAACGGCACUGGCUCCACCUUCUUCUCCUCCAUUCUGGUCAUUGAGGAGCUGGCGAAGGUGGAUGCCUCUGUGGCUGUGCUCUGUGACAUCCAGAACACGCUGAUCAACACGCUAUUCACCAAACUAGGUACAACAGCUCAGAAAGAGCAGUACCUCAGCCGACUGUCAACCGACAUGGUUGGAAGCUUCUGCCUCUCUGAAGCAGAGUCGGGGAGUGAUGCCUUCUCUCUGAAGACGCGUGCUGACAAACACAAAGACUAUUACAUCAUCAAUGGAUCCAAGAUGUGGAUCAGUAAUGCAGAGCAUGCAGGUGUUUUCCUAGUGAUGGCAAAUGUCGACCCCUCUUCUGGAUACAAAGGCAUCACCUGCUUCAUCGUGGACCGGGACACGGAGGGGCUUGAGAUCUGCAAGAAGGAGAACAAACUCGGCCUGCGUGCGUCCUCCACCUGCCCGCUCAACCUUGAUAAUGUCAAGGUCCCAGAGAAGAACAUUUUGGGCCAGAUCGGUCAGGGGUACAAGUAUGCCAUCGAGAUGUUGAAUGAGGGCAGGAUUGGAAUUGCCGCUCAGAUGAUCGGGCUGGCACAGGGCUGCUUUGACCAUACUAUUCCUUACACCAAGCAGAGAGUCCAGUUUGGACAACGCAUCUUCGACUUCCAGGGCAUGCAGCACCAAAUAGCGCACGUGGCAUCGCAGAUUGAAGCUGGUCGGCUGCUGACGUACAACGCGGCUCGUCUGAAGGAAGCUGGGCGACCUUUCAUCAAGGAGGCCUGCAUGGCGAAAUACUUCACUGCAGAGGUUGCAACCCUAACCACAUCGAAAUGCAUUGAAUGGAUGGGAGGGGUCGGCUUCACCAAAGACUACCCCAUAGAGAAAUACUACAGAGACUGUAAAAUUGGCACCAUUUAUGAGGGCACAACAAAUGUUCAGCUAUCUACGAUAGCCAAGUUCAUUGAUAAAGAGUAUGAUCACUGACUCCAUCGGACUGGAGCCUGAUGGAUCCCAAAUCUGUGUCACACUCCAUAUUCUUCCCCUCAAAUGACUUUGUUGAGUGCAUUGCUGUAGAUCUACAUUCAUGUUUCUAGAGUUUUGUUGCAGUUAUAGAUGUUUGUUACCAAUACCACCAAUGUUUUCUCUCGUUAAGUGAUUAACACUACUGAUGUUACUGAUGCUGGAGGUAUAUUUCUCUAGUUUUUUGUUUAAAGUUGCUCUGGUACAACAAUGAUUUUUGUUCUACUGCUUUCUAUCAGACUUUUCCAAAAGUCUAGGAGUAACUCAAUUUUUGUAGAGCUGUGCCGCUUCCCUCUUGUUCGCACUGUUUCUUCUGCUUAUUCAGAUAUGGUGAUGAAUCAUGACAGCACAGCAUAACUCAUCCAUAUGUUUCAAGAUGAGAAUCUUGAAAGAAUUUUUAUUUUAUUUUUUUCAGUGCCUUCAGGGUCGGCUAUGACUUGAGCUCAAUCACUUAAUAGUGUGUUGCUUACACAGGCUCUCAAUUAGGUGAAUUCUAACAUUUUUACACACUCAAUGCUGUAAAGUUCCUUAUUUGUGGAAAUCAUAUCAACAAAAUAUUCUGUAUAGAGUAAUAUAUCAAUAACUUUGCCAAUACCAAUAAAUCUGAUGUAUGAUAGUGCAA